AUGAAAACUGCAGUCAGUGCAGAGCUGACAGUGGUGGUGAUUGGAAGCACAGAGACUGUGACGUAUGGACCAGGAAACAUCCUUCUGGGCGGAGAGAAGAUGCUGCAGGAGACAGGGCAGCUCUCACAGGCAGCAGCAGUGAGAAAGCGUGAGGUGGCCGGAUGCUGCAUCUCAGUGGUGGACAUGGUGGGUGUCCUGGACUCUGAACUUCCACAGGAGGAGGCUGAACGAUGGGUACAGCAGUGUAUGUAUGGAUGUGAGCAGGGAAUCCACGCCUUCCUCCUGGCAGUACCUCUGGGUGGACUCACAGACCAGGAGAGGAGGGGAGCAGAGUGGAUCCAGAGAGCGUUUGGUGAAAGAGCGCUGGGCUUUACAGUGGUUCUCCUCAUCUAUGAUGAUGAAGAGAAGAAGGAGCUGGAGCUUAUGAAGAACAGGGACGUCCAGCGGCUGGUGGAGGAGUGCGGUGGUCGAUACCAAACCUGCUGCAGUAGCAUCAGCAGUCAGGCUGAGGUCUCAGAGCUGCUGGAGAAGAUCGACACCAUGCUGUUUGGAAACCCUGACCGCUGCUACACCAAAGGGAUGUACCAGGAGGCGGGGCUGGAAGUAAAGUUUCAGAAGAUCCAGAAGAUCAUGUCACAGAGAGCAGAGCUGGAUGGCACGCUUCAGAUACAGCUGAAACAGUUACUGGAAGGAAUAAGAACUGUGAAGCAUGUGAAAGAACAGCGAGAGGGCUGUGGAGAUGCAGGUGGCAGCAGGGAUGGUUUGAGGAUGGUGCUGAUCGGAAGGACGGGGGUGGGGAAGAGCGCCACAGGAAACAGCAUCCUGGGCAGAGAGGCGUUUGUGUCGGAGGCCAGGGACACAGCGGUGACCAAGGUGUGCUGGAGGGCAUCAGGAGAGGUUGCUGGGAAACACAUUGCUGUGUUGGACACUCCAGGGCUGUUUGGCACAGAUCUUUCUAAUGAGGAGGUCAGAAAGGAGAUUGGGAAAUGCAUGGGCAUGUUGGCCCCUGGACCCCAUGCCAUUCUCCUGGUCCUACAGCUCGGGAAGUUCACUAAAAAUGAUGAGAACACACUCAAGAUGAUCAGAGAGAUCUUUGGUGCUGGAUCAGAGAAGUACACCUUCAUCCUUUUUAGUCACAGGGAUUGUCUGAGAAUUGAGGCAGUUGAGGAUUAUAUUCAGACAGGUGAUACUGGACUCAAGCUGCUCCUUAAACAGUGUGGGGGCAGGUAUCACUCCUUCAGCAACACAGAGAUGGGGAGCCUCAGUCAGGUCACAGAGUUUGUGGAGAAGAUUGAGAAGAUGGUGGAGAGUAAUGGGGGAGAGCACUUCUCCAGUGAGCUCUUCCAGGAUACAGCUCUGAGACCUGAACUGAGACUGGAGGAGAGAGAGAUGGAGACACAGAGACUGAGGGAGGAAGUAGAGAGACAGAGGGAGGUGAUGGAGAAAAAAGAGAAUGAACUUCAGAAAAGAAAUGAGCAUUUACUGAAAAUGAAGGAAGAGGUCAAGCAGAAAGAGGACAGAAUACGAGAAAGUGAGGAAAAGGCGACAAGAUGGAAAGAGGAGAUACAGAAACUAUUGUAUGAAAUUACAAACAUGAGAGACAAACAGAAAGAGUUACAGGAGGUGCUCGUGAGAUUGGAGGAGGAGAAACAGAAG